GUCUUCCUUCCUACGUCGAGGUUGGCUGCCUUUUUUGACCGGAAGGCCUACUUCAACUUCCGGCUUUGGCGGGGCCUGGCGUUGCCUUGGCUUCCCCUCGAAAAUAAAUAUCUUGUCUGUCUGUUUCGCGAGGGAGGAAGCGAUGAGUGUGGCGGACCCGCUGGACGUGGAGGCGGCUCUGCAGGCCCGAAACGACCCUGCUUUGGGUAUGUUGGCUUCGGCGGCCGGGGCUGCCGUUGCGGGGGGGUUGGGCUAGAUGACCGCCGGGGGUCCCCUCGCGGGGCCCUCAAAGUCUGAACGGAUUUGAUCCGCUCGCUCGCUCUUGGUCCGUUUGGGAAGACAUCUAGCCCGCUCACAGAUCACAGAGCUGCGGAUCGUGCGGCUGAAGCCUUCCAGGACCGCAGCAAAAAACGGCUCUCUUCCUUCAGACGCCGUGAAAUAUAUAUUAAGCCCGUAGUAAAAUAUCACGGGGUUGCAUCCGGCGUUAGCCCUACUCGGAGUAGACCUGUUGAAAACUGUGGGACAUGGCUGGGGAAAUCCAGCCAGAAGGACGGAGUAUAAAUAAUGAUAUUAUUAUUAUUAUUAUUAGACAUAUUAGCGGGUAUAAAUAUCAUCAUCAUCAUCAAUAAUUGUAUUUUAUUAUUGGCUAACUCGGGUCCCAUUAAUCUCGACAGGACUGUGCUUCAGUAUAACCGUUUGUUGGGAUGCAGCCCCUCAGUUCUUGAAAGAUGCCACAGGGUUUUUGGGUUUUGUUCCAAAGGAUGUGUUUUAGUUUGUUUGUUUGUUGCAUUGCAAUGACAUCUUCUAGAUAUGGCAAAAGAGUAAGAUAACAUCCGAACUGCUAGAAAGCUAGUGGAAAACUCCAUGUGUCGAGUCCUUAUUGCUUCAUUUCAAUGUAACAUGGAGGUUUUUUAUGUCCAUGUUUCCAUGUACUCAACUACUCAAAUUAGGGAAAGAGCAAAAAAAUGACUCUGCUGUAACCAAGGCCAAUUGCAUUUAAUAAUAAUGAUGAUGAUAAUAAUUUUAUUGCUUAUACCUCGCCCACCUGGCUGGGUUUCCCCAGCUACUCUGGGCGGCUCCCAACAGAAUAUUAAAAACACGACAAAAUAUCAAACAUUAAAAACUUCCCUAAACAGGGAUGCCUUCUGAAAGUCAGAUAGUGGUUUAUUUCCUUGACAUCUGAUGUGAGGGCAUUCCACAGGGCGGGUGCCACCACCAAGAAGGCCCCUCUGCCUGGUUCCCUGUAACCUCACUUAUCACAGGGAGGGAACCGCCAAAAGGCCCUCAGAGCUGGACUUCAGUGUCUGGGCUGAAUGAUGGGGGUGGACACGCUUGAGGACCAAAAUGGGUUACCCAACUUGGUUGCAGAUAAUAAAAAGCAUGCUUUAAAAGGUUCUGCUUACCUUUGUUUGUUUGGUAAAAGUGUAUGCGCCUCUUGAUUGGUUUGGUUUGUUUGUUUUUAAGACUCAAAAGCAGUUUAUAAAAGGUGAAACAAUAAAAUAAAAGUCACAACCGUACUCUAGCAAGCGGCAAAAAGAGUACAGUGCGGCUUCACGGGAAAACUGCCAAAAAUUGAAGAGAUGGGUGGGUGAAUUUGCAGGCUGAAGAUUGAAAGGUGAGCUUUCUCACCUUGGAUAAAUGUGGAAAAUAAGGCGGCCUUUAUUUAUGCAUGUUGUUCAGAUCACCCAGUAAUGAUCACCACAGCAUAAAAUAAUUUUAGCAGGGAUCUUGCAUUACUCUGCUCUUUAGUGUUUAGGGUUUUUAACUGCUUGUUAUGUGGUUGUAUUUUGUAUGCUUAUUCAUUGGGGUUUUUAAUUUUGCAUUUACAUAGUUAACAUUUGUGUGCACACGUAUACACAUUUGACAAAAAUGUAUGUCAUCUGUUACAGAUUCUAACGAUAAUUCUCCCGAUGAAGGAUUAAUAGAAGACUUCACUGUUAUAGACAAGAAAGCUGUGGAACAGCUAACAGAAGGGCUGAUUUCACAUUAUUUACCUGAUCUACAACGAUCAAAACUAUCCUUGAAAGAGCUAACGUAUGUAAACAAUCAAAAUGCACAUGUUUCUUUUUCUUUCUUUCAGAUGCUAAAUACUGUAGAUUGUUUGUAAGAAAAGAAUAAGUUUCCUUUUAUAUUUGACUCUUCUGGCACGCAGCAUUUGCUCUUCACUAAAUUCUGUAAUUGAAUACGUGGUUUUGUUGUGAAAUAUAUGUAAACUAUUGUGUUCUUCUUUCAGACAGAACCAAGAAGUACUACUAGAAACUCUGCAGCAAGAAAUCUCAAAGUUUAAAGAAUGCAACUCUGUUCUUGAUAUCAAUGUGCUGGUAAGUGUGUUCUGUCAGAUAACUGUUUGCUUUUUCCUCCGUUUUAAAGGUCGUGUUUGUACAAAAACACUACAAAUGGAAUCUUAUAUUUUGAGAAAAUCUAUGCUACGUGGAGAAACCUAAACACGGGAUAUAAAAUAAAAGCAAUAAUCAGUGUGCUGUACUAUAAAAUAAAUAAGUCAGCACUGUAGAUGAUAAAAAUAAAAAUUAUUUUUUUUUCUUACCUGCACUGAUGAGUGUCAUUGUUUGGAUGAGGGGCUUUUAUCCAUUUCCGCAGUCACACAGUCAUUCAGUAGCUGAAUAAUUCACACACAGUUUCCUCACAGUCACAAAAACAAAUGAACCAAAAAAGCCUCAAAAAUGCAAAAUAAAUAGCAAAAACAAAAGUGCCAAACUUAGCCCGUUCCAGAAGUCUGUUUGACUUCCAAAAUGUUGGAAAACCAAUGCACAGCUUAUGAUUGGUGCAGGCGCCCGGAAACAAUAGCCGACAGCCGCAUCGGAUGUUCGGCUUCCGAAAAACGUUCAAGAACCUGAACACUUACUUACGGGUUUUCAGCGGUUGGGAACUGAGGUACCACUGUACUCCCCAUCACACACUGUGAGACUUACUUUUGAGCAAACAUACAUAAAUGAGAGUGCAGGUCAGUCUUGUUUGCUUGAUCUUAUGCAGAAUUAGUCAUACCUAAGACUACUGAAAUCAACUCUGCAUAGAAUCCAGGGAAUGAGGUGCUUGGGUCAUGAUAAGAGUGACUUGGAAAGGUUUUUGAGGUUGGCAGCUGGGUUGCAGUAAGAUAUUUCAAUAUACUUAAAACAGUGGUCUAAGUGAACAUUGCAUGGGCUUCAGGAGUAGCUCUUGAUGUGGUACGACCUUUUAAAAUAGAUGGAAAAAUACUAGCUCCCAUUUUUAGUACAUUCUAGCAUUAUACAUCCCAAUCAUGCAGGUUUACUUGAAAGUAACUCUCACUGAGACAAUGGAAUUUAAUUUCCAAGUACGUAUGCAUUGUAUCACAACUUUUCACUUAUUUCAGUAACUUCAGGCAGUGAGUUGCUGAUGUUGAAGUUAGAUGUUCUACUGAAUUUUUGCUUUUUUGUUGUCGCUCUCUCAAGUUUUCAGAAGCAAAGUACUAUCACAACAAGCUGGUAAACAUUAGGAAAGAGAUGCUGCUGUUGCAUGAGAAAACAUCAAAGUUGAAAGUGAGUCUUGUUUCACUUUGACUAACAAAUGUUAAAGAGUACUGCUUAUUUCUUUGUUCUUUGAGGUCUUGUAGAUCAAGUUUGAUCUUCAUCCUCUGCUUUUGCUUUAUAUUUCUAUUGGGAACUAGCAUUUUCUUAAUUUUCCAGUUUUUGAAGUAGUUAUCUUUCUGAUGAAAGGUUUGUGUACAGCAGAAUCCCUAGUACCAUUAAUGCUACCAUGAGGAGAAUUCAUCAGGCUACCGAAGAGUAAUUACCAUAAUAUUAUGAUAUUGCAAUCUUGUUAGUAUGUUUGGGCUGCAAUCAUCUAUACUUAGUGACACUUACUUCUUUGUUAAUAUACAUGAUAUCCAGUUGUACAUCUCAGAUUUAGGUCUCUAAUGAAUGAAGGUGACAGUCCUAUGCUUGCUUAACCAGCAAGCAAGCACCACUUAACAAAACAGAACUUCCCUACAAGUAAGCAUACAUGGGCUGUAUUAAAAUUAUCUAUAGAUGCUACCUAAUGAUGAAUUUAUUUUUUAUUCAUACAUAAGCUAAAUAUUCAGUCUAUAUAUUGGCUACUCAUAAGUGUUGUUUCAAUUGCUGUACGGGUAGGAGUGUAUGUAAAUAUAAAUACAGAAUCUAUUAACAGGUUUUUUAUAGAAUUAUUUGAAUUUUUUGUGUGUGUUGCACGUAAUUUUUCCUUAGAUAGACCAACAGCAUUCCCUGUAAUAGCAAACUCAGGUGGUGAGGACUGGUAGAAAAAGAAUAAAAGCAAGGCUGCUGGAAAAUUAAAAGAAGGUACAGUCGUACCUUGGAUCUCAAAUGAACGCCUUGGCUCCUGAACAAAUCGGCUCCCAAACAAUCAAAACCCGGAAGUGAGUGUUCCGGUUUUCAAACGAUUUUUGGAAGCUGAACGUCCGGCGCGGCUUCCGAUUGGCUGCAGGAGCUUCCUGCAGCCAAUCAGAAGCCAUGCUUUGGUUUCUGAACAUUUUGGAAGUCAAACAGACUUCCGGAACAGAUUCUGUUCUACUUCCAAGGUACGACUGUAUUGUCAUCAGCCUCUGUGGGAGGGACCUGUGAGGUUGCGGAAGGACUAAGUAUCAACUUAGGAAGCAUUCCACACACCCCUAAAAAAAGCCUGAUGUUGUCUGGGCAUACUGAAUAGCCAUGGAAUCCAGUACUGAGUGUCAAGUGGAAAAGCAAGUGGGAAAAAUGUGUGAGUGGGGCAGAGAACAGGAUACUAUGCUUAGAGGGAAUGGCUGGCUAAAAUCCUGAACAGGAGCAGUUCUCUUAGGUCGGAUCCACUGUGACAUUAUGUUGCAAAUCCCACUUGGUGGUUUUUUUGGGUGGGUGGAGUUCUCUGAAAAACCUCAGGAGAAAUAACGACGGGAUAUCAUUGCCGCUGUCCUGUCAAAUCUAAUUCUACAGCUUCAGGAAAGUCACAUUCUUUUUCUGGCUUUUCGUUUCAGAGAAGAGCUCUCAAACUCCAGCAAAAGAGGCAGAAAGAAGAACUGGAACGAGAGCAGCAACGGGAAAAAGAGCUCGAAAGAGAGAAACAGUUAACUGCCAAACCUGCUAAAAGAACAUGAAAGCCGAACAUGUAUUGGCUUGUCGAACUAAUUACACUAUUCUCUGGACUUGGUGGGGAGGCCCACGUACGCACCUCAUGAACCUGAUGUUCUUCCUUGCCAAGAAGUCUUAUUAGUUCAGUAUUAGCGUUUCCAGGUUGCUAUUUCCUAACCAGGAAAGCAGGAACAGGGAGCUUACCAGCAGCUCAAGAUGCCUUUUCGAUUAACGCUAUACAGCUUAACGUUGCUGCGUCAGCCUUUUUCUUACUUCCCACAAAUAGAAUAUUACAUUCUUUAACUACAUCUUAGAUGGUCUUAGGUUGGUGCAUCCUUGUCCCAUGUACGAAUAUUUUGUUGAUAGCUGACCCCUACCUCAUUAACUAUAGGCUUAAUCUUUAAGUCUGGUUUACAAUUCUUGGCUUGUUGAUUCUCCCUUUCCUGUUGCCGUGUACAAAAUAAGCAUGGCGGCUGUAGACCGACUAGGAAUGAGAAGCCCGCAUGACAACCUUGUCCGUUUUAUUUCAACUCUGAGAACAUAAGGCACUGCUGGCAAAGUGAGGCUUUUAGAUUCAAUUAUGUCGUCUUCCGAUCAUGUCAGAAUUAAAGUGUGUCUGUAAAAACCCACAGCAAAUGAGUGCUCUUGCAUAACACUGAUUUCAGUGGUGGCAGUAGUGAAGUUUACGUGGCAAAACUCUUGGCUCUGCAUACGCUGCAGGUUCCUGCUGAAAUCGCAAAAUGUGGAGGAUACAGGGCCCUCCAGAUGUGGUAAUGCUACAAUUCCCAUAAGCCCUAAUCAGCACAACACAACACAACAGUCAGGGAUGAUGGGAGUUCUAGUCUAGCAGCAUCUUGAGGGCCAAAGGUUCCCCAUCCCUUCCAUAGUUAAGCUCCCAUGUUUAGAGGGUUAGGGCAGGCAUCAUGGGAGUUGUAGGCCAAAACAUCUGGAGGGCUGCAGGUUGGGGAUGCCUGGGUGAUGGUUGGAGGGUUAGGGGUGGGGUUCAGGGAAAGGGCUAGAGGGUUAGAAAGGAUUAGAGAUGUAUCUAUGGAGCCCCUUGAAAGUUCUUGCAGAUUAUAACCAUUGGUUCCAGCUUUCCUAGUGGUGCUCCAUAGCAUGUGGAUUUAGAACUGUGGUUCAAUAUGCAUUGCAAUGAAAUCUUCUAGAUAUGGCAAAAGAAUAGGAUGACAUCUGAACCGCUAGAAAGCUAGUGGAAAACUCCCUGUGUUGAGUCCUUAUUGCAUCACUUCAGUUUCACAUAUAUAUAUUUUUAUGUCCAUGUUUAUAUGCCCUCAACUACUCAAAUUAUGGAAAGAGCCAAAAAUGACUCUGCUGUAACUAAGGCCGAUUGGAUUUCAAACAAUCUUCGGGGCCAAAGUGGGUUACCCGACUUGGUUGCAGAUAAUAAAAAGCAUACUUUAAUAAUUAAUUUAAUUGCGUACUUCUCAGUGGGGGAAAAUACCUGAUAGAUGCUGUGGUUUCCACUUAUUUCUAAAAGAUAUAUAUAUAUAUAUAUAUAUAUAUAUAUAUAUAUAUAUAUAAAAGUCUAAAGUCCAGGAGGGU